AUGGAAUGUGAUCGUUUGCAAAUAAAGAAAAGAUAUAAUGGAUCAACAUUAAUCUUGAAGCUUAGUAAGAUCGUGAUCAUUUAUGUAGAUCAACAUUUGUUAGUCAUGUCGCACACAGCUUCUUGUCGAUCUGUGAUCAUAUCUGUGAAACAUUAUUUUCCAUUCAUGAUUGUGCGAAAUGUUAAAGUGCUUGUUUAUGUUUCAUGGUAG